AUGUCCGUUGCCACUAUGUUGCAACCUUCCAGAAAUUCGACGUCCUCCUCUUCCUCCUUCCAGCCCGUCACACGCCAGAACACCAUGUCGUCCCAUGACACUCGUUCGUUUCGCCAGUCCAAGCGGCUGUCCGUCACGGCGCUAUACCUGUCGAUGUCCGCUAAGGACAGAGACUUGGAGAUCUCAGAUGACUUGGCGAGAGCCCAAAAAUACCUGCGAGAAUUAAAAUCCAAGAUCUCGUCCCAGUCCAAGAAGAACUUCGUCCUCGAGAAAGAUGUCCGAUAUCUGGAUUCGCGGAUAGCCCUGCUGAUUCAAAACCGGAUGGCCCUGGAAGAGCAAAACGAAGUCGCCAGCCACAUCGAUGAUGCCAUCGACCCCCAGGAGGGCUUCUUCCCUAACGACGACAAGACCCAGAAAUACGGCAAUCUCCUUUUCCUCCUCCAGUCGGAGCCGCGCCAUAUCGCCCACCUGUGUCGAUUGGUGUCCAUGUCCGAAAUCGACUCCCUACUCCAGACCGUCAUGUUCACCAUCUACGGAAACCAGUACGAGAGCCGCGAGGAGCACCUGCUGCUCACCAUGUUCCAGUCCGUCCUUACCUAUCAGUUUGACAACACCCCCGAAUACUCGUCCCUGCUGCGCCAGAACACCCCGGUCUCCCGGAUGAUGACCACCUACACCCGCCGUGGUCCCGGCCAAAGUUACCUGAAGCAGGUUCUGGCCGACCAGAUUAACUCCCUGAUCGAUCUGCGCGACGUCGAUCUGGAGAUCAACCCCCUCAAGGUGUACGAGAGCAUGAUAAGGCAGAUUGAAGAAGAAACCGGCACGAUCCCCGAUUACCUGGCCCGCUCGGUCACCGCAGAGACGGCCGAGGAAAAUGCACAGGUUCAGGCCAUCAUCAAACCCCGGUUGAAGAUGCUGAUGGACAUCGCCAAUGCGUUCAUUUCGACGAUCAUCAACUUCGUGGACGAGACCCCGUACGGGAUCCGGUGGAUCUGCAAGCAGAUCCGCAGCCUGUCCCGACGCAAGUACCCGGAUGCGCAAGACCAUACGAUUUGUACUUUGAUCGGUGGUUUCUUCUUCCUGCGCUUCAUCAACCCGGCCAUUGUCACCCCGCGAUCGUACAUGCUGAUCGAUGCGACCCCCACCGAGAAGCCGCGCCGGACCCUGACGCUGAUCGCCAAGAUGAUCCAGAACUUGGCCAACAAGCCGUCUUAUGCCAAGGAGCCCUACAUGUCCAAGCUCCAGCCCUUCAUCGAGCAGAACAAGGAGCGAGUCAACAAGUUCUUGCUGGAUCUGUGCGAAGUACAGGACUUCUACGAGAGCCUGGAGAUGGACAACUACGUGGCUCUCUCCAAACGGGAUCUCGAGUUGCAGAUCACCCUGAACGAGAUGUACUCCACUCACGGCCUGCUGGAGAAACACAGCCUGGCCCUGGCCCAGGACCAGCACUCGCAUCUGCACGAACUCCUCCAGGAGCUGGGCACUGCGCCUGCGCAGGUCCCGCGUAAGGAGAACCGCACCAUCACGGUGCCCUUGUUUAGCCGGUGGGAAACCGCCCUGGAUGAUUUCACCGCCGCCCUGGAUAUCACCCAGGAGGAGGUGUUCUUCAUGGAGGCGAAAUCGACCUUUGUCCAGAUUCUGCGGUCGUUGCCGCCGAACACAUCGGUGGCCCGCCGGCCGCUGCGACUCGACCGCAUUGCCGAGGCGGCGGCGACCUUGAAGAAUGACGCCGUGAUGGUGCGCAAGGGCAUCCGGACCAUGGAGCUCCUCAGCCAGCUGCAGGAGAUGGGCGUCAUCGACCGGUCAGACGAGUUCAGUCUGCUGCGGGACGAAGUGGAGCAGGAACUGGUACACCUCGGCUCGCUGAAGGAGAAGGUGCUGACGGAGACCAAGAAGCUCGAGGAGGUCUUCAACACGAUCCGCGAUCACAACGCGUAUCUCGUGGGACAGCUGGAGACGUACAAGUCCUAUCUGCACAACGUCCGCAGCCAGUCCGAAGGCAAGUCGCGGAAGCAGCAGAAGCACCAAGAGCUGGGCCCCUACAAAUUCACCCACCAGCAGCUGGAGAAGGAGGGGGUGAUCCGACGGAGUAACGUACCGGAGAACCGACGCGCCAACAUCUACUUUAUGUUCAAGAGUCCCCUGCCGGGCACAUUUGUCAUUAGCCUGCAUUACAAAGGACGGAGCCGGGGGCUGCUCGAGCUGGACCUGAAGCUGGAUGAUCUGCUGGAAAUGCAAAAGGACAACCUCGUGGAUCUAGAUCUGGAGUACGUCCAAUUUAACGUGACCAAGGUCCUGACGCUCCUGAACAAGCGAUUCGCCCGCAAGAAGGGAUGGUAA